CUCUCUCUCUCUGGGUCUCCCUCCAAAUGCGACCAAAACUAAAACCACCCGUCAAUUCCACCUCAUUGACUAAAGCAGACAGUACAAUAACAGAGGGAGCCCCGCCAAAACGCAGAAUAGAAUCACUUUCAGCUUCAGCCUCCUUCGUUCUUGUUCAUUCAUUCAUGUCCCCUAGGGUUCCAAAACCACUUCACUAUCUGCGUUGAAAAACCAUUAACCAUGUACUCAAGCAAUUUGAUCGGCUUCAUCUUGGCCCUCACCUCCAGCGCCUUCAUCGGCUCCAGCUUCAUCAUCAAGAAGAAAGGCCUCCAACGCGCCACUCUCAACGGCUCUUCUGCCAGUGGUGGAGGCUACGGUUACCUGCUACAACCUCUCUGGUGGCUCGGAAUGGUUACCAUGAUUGUUGGAGAGAUAGCGAAUUUUGUGGCGUACGUUUACGCCCCCGCGGUGCUUGUCACGCCGCUUGGUGCUUUGAGUAUUAUUGUUAGUGCUGUCUUGGCGCAUUUCAUGUUGAACGAGAAGCUGCAGAAAAUGGGCAUGCUCGGGUGUCUUUUGUGCAUUGUGGGAUCCACUGUGAUUGUGCUCCAUGCACCUCAAGAAAAGAGUCUUAGUUCUGUACAGGAAAUAUGGCAGAUGGCUGUUCAACCGGCAUUCCUGUUGUACACGGCCUCAGCUAUCGCUGUAGCGGUCUUUUUGAUUGUGUAUUGUGCUCCUCGCUAUGGCCAGACUAAUAUUUUAGUUUAUAUUGGAAUAUGCUCCAUAAUUGGAUCCUUGACUGUCAUGAGCAUAAAGGCGAUUGGCAUUGCUAUAAGACUUACACUUGAGGGUGCAGACCAGUUUGUUCAGUUUCAGACAUGGAUUUUUACAAUGGUCGCUAUUUCAUGCAUCGUGACUCAGUUAAAUUAUCUUAAUAUGGCAUUAGAUACUUUUAACACAGCAGUUGUUUCUCCGAUCUACUAUGCCUUGUUCACAUCUUUUACAAUAUUAGCUAGUGCAAUCAUGUUUAAGGACUAUUCUGGUCAAAGUGUAAGCAGUAUUGCAUCUGAGCUAUGUGGUUUCAUUACUGUUUUAUCUGGAACAACUGUAUUACAUAGUACAAGAGAGCCAGAUCCUCCAGUCAAUACAGAUUUAUAUAGUCCCUUGUCUCCAAAAGUAUCCUGGUAUUUUCAAGGCAAUGGCGAACCUUGGAAACAGAAGGAGGAAGAUGGUCCACCCUUCAAUUUAAUUACAGUUAUCCGGCAAGACCAUUUCAAGUGAUACAUAAAUCUUGGACAGUUGGAACAAGAAGUUAGAUCUGUCAAUUGCUAUAUUUUUCUCAUUGUCAGAUCUCUUCAGAUUUACUCUAAGAAAUGGAAAUUUAGCAGGCUUAUUUACAUUAAGCAACAGAAAUGUAGCAGUGUAUAGGGUUUGGCUCUGACCCCAUCUAUUUGAUUCAGCAAAUUCAAAAGAAAAUCAUCGCAUUGUGCAGGCAGAGACGAGACAGCGCUUUCUUUUCUCUGGGGUUUUGUUCAUGGGUAUCAUAUGAAAUUAAAGAUUGACUGCUAUCGUGUAAAAUGCCGGGGUUGUUGUAUCUUUGAGUCCCCUUGUAUUCCUGUCCCCAAUUUAUUUUUUGGGUUCCAUCCCCCCUUCCCCCUUUUGAUUCACCUGAACAAUGAAAAAUCUAUGUAUAUUGAUCAAUGUAAUUUUAAUUAUUUCAUUAAAGGAACUUACUGAUUGGAUAUGGAUA